UACGUAGAUCCUAGUUCGUUAGGUUGACAUUAGACGUCGGUAUUAGUAACUUGUUAAGAUAACCUAGCCGAAGUUCGAAAUACACAAAUUGACGUGGCAUUAUAUAUAUUUUUUUGACUUUUGUGGCAAUAUUCCACUGAUUUGUACUCAUAAACAUUAUUAAAAACAUUUGUUCCAUAAUCCAAACAUGGGUCUUACCAUCUCUAGUGUAUUAACCCGGCUUUUUGGGAAGAAACAGAUGAGGAUUUUGAUGGUUGGUCUGGAUGCCGCUGGAAAGACUACAAUUUUGUACAAAUUGAAACUCGGAGAGAUUGUUACAACCAUUCCAACAAUAGGCUUCAAUGUAGAAACUGUGGAGUACAAGAACAUCUGUUUCACUGUUUGGGAUGUGGGAGGCCAGGACAAGAUCAGACCUCUCUGGAGACACUACUUCCAAAACACCCAAGGACUUAUCUUCGUUGUGGACUCGAGUGAUAAGGACAGGAUCUCAGAAUCUGAAAAGGAACUUUCAAAUAUGCUGCAGGAGGAUGAGUUGCGUGAUGCUGUGUUGCUUGUGUUUGCCAACAAGCAAGACCUGCCUAAUGCCAUGAGCGCAUCUGAACUGACCGACAAGCUCGGUUUGAAUCAACUAAGAAACCGACAUUGGUAUAUCCAAGCGACAUGUGCUACUCAGGGGCAUGGCCUCUACGAGGGUCUUGACUGGUUGUCCAACGAAUUGGCCAAGAAGUGAUUCACUUGUGCCUUUUAUUGUGAUAAUCAUUUUGGACUAUUGUGUAAAGAUUGGUUUUGUGCAAGGCAGUGUGAGUUUUAGGGCCUCGUACAUUCUUUGGUCUCUAACUGUUUGAUCUUUAAACUACAUUCUUAAAAGUUGUAUUUUUCAGAAAAUUAGGUAUAAAGUUUUUCAGUUUAUUUAUAAGUUUCAAGAAGCAUCUACAUGAUGUAGUGUUACGUUUUGUUGUAUUAUUAAUAAGUCUUGGAAAACUGUUUCUUCAUUAGUUUUCAGGACUAAAUAAUUGUCCUGUAAAUUAACAAAUUCAAAAUUCUUGAUAGUAUGCACUGUACAAUUAUACAUAAUAUUAAUAACAUACAGGGUGGAAAAAGUAUAGGUAGCUUUGUAACUGUUACAUGGAUGCCUUAAAAACUAGUUUCCCUCGUAAUCCUCAAAUUCUUAAUCACCUCAGGGAGACCAUCAAUCACGAUUCAGUGAAAUUUCUUAAAUAUAAUUUUAGUCCAAGAUAUACAUAAUUUGAGAUUAUAAGGGUACUAAUUUAAAAAAUCUUCAAAUUUAGACUUUUCUAAUAGUAUAAUGGCUUUUUAUAGUUGUCUUAGUUCUCGAUAUUGAAUAAACCAAUAAUUUUGAUUUUAGUAGAGCAAAUAGGCAAAAAUAGUUUAUGCUAGUAAAAGUUAAAAAUGCCAAACCACAGUGACACAAUAAAUAGAUAUAGUUGGUCAAUUAAUUUUGGUUAUAAGAACGUAUUUUUAUGAACUGAAAAGUAAAGGCUGAGAAUAAAAAUUACGAAAGUCCACUUGUGACACAUAAAUUUUUAGCUCUCACGAUUAUCAGUUUUGAGCCUGAUUGACCAGCAAAUAUAAAAUAAAAAUAAUUCAUGUUUAAUCAGUAUCUAGGUUUCAUAAAAUUUGCCGCUACCAUUGUCGAUUAGUCUACAUUGAAGUUUUCUCUAAUAAUCAUUCUUGUCUUUUAAAUAUUAUUAAAUUCAUGUAUGUUUUGACUGAAAAGUAUAUUUUUCUUAUUCUUUACACACAUCUGGUGGUACAUUCCAGAAAUGAAACUGUUUUGAUUCUUAUUCCAUCCUGUAUAUUUCAAAUAGUUACAUAAUACUAGCAUUAGAUAUACUAUUUUCCAUUCAUUGUUUUAUAAUCAAUUAAUUGUUUGCUGUGGGUUUAAAAAUUCAGUUUUGUACAGUCAGUUGUGACUUUCCUUUGUUUUUCAUACUUUUAUAAUUGUCACUGUUUUUAAUCUUCUGUGAAAUAUAUAUUUCAUGUUGAAAGGUAUAACUAAAUAAGAAUUAUAAGUAAGUUAUGGAUAAAUAAUAACCUAAGCGUCAUGUGAUUGAACAUAGCAGUUCCAGCUACUGUAUAUAAAAUGGAAGAUUGUGUUUAGCUUAGAUGCAGUUCCAUAUGUUGUUUAUUUUAAAUAAAUUUGCAUUAUUUAAAACAAA